AAUCAUUAUAAUAAUUGAGGUAAACACAGUCAGCUGUUAAUACUGCCCCACAUUCAAGGUGGUUCAUGUAUAGGAAUCUCUAAUUAUGGAGUUUCAAAUGGAAAAUACGUUAUCUAUUUGUAUACAGACACUUGUUGAUAACAUAACAUUGUAUCUGUGUGGUAAUACUAGUAAAAAUUAUUCAGUCAUAAAGGUAAAUUAUGACAAUUUAGCAACAAAUGGUGAAUUGUAUUUUUUACCUAGCCUUAAAGCAUGGAAACACUUGCUGCAAGGAACAAAUAAGUGUGAUGGAAAAUGUACAACAAUCUUGCAACAUUUUCUACAUAUACAAGGCCGUGACACAAAUGAUAAAACUGACAAGGAUAUUGCAAAAGAGGCUAUAGAGUUAUUAAUAUCAUCUAGCUGCAACUGGUUGAUAAAAAUACAAAGGUAUGUUUUGGAAAAUGAAAGAGUCUGCUUAUUCUUACAUCGUACUCCGCUUAUUGCCAACUCGAUAAAACUUGCUCUCACGUCUCAGUGCAACUUUGGAAGGACUUUGUCGCUCAAUAAAGUGUUUAGUUUUAAAUUACAUAAAGACAAUGAAUCAGAAAUCACGACAAGAAGAUUACAUUUAAUACAGAGUGUUACCGAAAAGAUUGUUAAGUUACAUGGAGGCAGAAUAUCAGAUGAACAAUCAGAUUAUAAAUUUAUAUUCACCACCAAGUCGCAAGGAGAGGUGGAAGAAAAUUAUGAAAAGUGUGUAUGUGGUGUUGUGAAAAAUGCAGAAAAGAAUUGUAAAGAAGCAACCCUAACUUGGGAAGAGUAUAUUAACUAUAAAAUUGAGGAACUGAAAACACUGAAUGAACACAAGUAUUUUGAAGAGAAUGAACAUGACAUAAUAAUAGAAGAUAAUUUUAUUGAAAAUGUUGCAAAAGCAAUGGCUACAUUUGAAUUACUUUCUGUAAAACCUAGUCGUUCUGUUUCUAUUGCAAUUAAUCCUGCACCUAACAGGAAUACCACAAACAUGAAAGGUGCAUCUUUUAUAUUAUAUAAUACUGCUAGAAUAGCAGCAAUUAUUAAAAAAUACAAUGACAAAAGAUUGAAAGGAGAAUACCCUAAUUUACCCCACGUUUAUGACGUAGACUUUUCUUUAUUAAAUCAACAGGUAUUUUAUCUGAAGGCUAUUUAUUUGAUUCAUAUUUCCAAAAGUUAUGAUCUAUAUUUUCAGGAUGAAUGGGAACUUAUACAUAACUUCAUUAUUGGAUAUCAAGAAAUGAUCAAAGAAUGUUUGAGAUAUGAACCUGGCUUUCAAACAAAUCCUCAAAUAAUAUGCAUAUUUUUAUCAAGAUUAUGUAAAAAAUUUAGUGUCUAUUAUCGUACAACUAAAAUUUUAACUGAAGGUUACGAUCACUUGAUUCCAACAAUGGUUGCAAGAUUAUACAUGUUGCAUGUAUUGCAAAUUGUACUUCAAAAUUCAUUAGCAUUGCUUGAUAUAGUUCCAGUAUCUCGAAUGUAAUUUAUCAAUGUACAAAUAUUUAACAAAAAAUGUUGUUUUUAAAAAGUUAAUACAUAAACGAUACAA